ACCAAAUUCCUCAGCGCUUUCUCGCUCUCCAUUAAGGCCAGAACUCCGGGGGUGGGGAAACAGCCCUGGUUUCCCCGCCGCACCAUAUCUGGUGGUCGUUUCCACAGCUCUGCGAAGGGGAACCUGUGAAAGCAAGCUGCCAGACCCCACCUCGAAGCCCCAACAGCUCCCUAAGUUCAGAGACCCUUUAGUUUCAGCGUCUCUCUCCCUCCCUCCCUCCCUCCACCCCGCCUCUAAACAUGUCCACGGGCUCCCUCAGCGAUGUUGAAGACCUUCAGGAGGUAGAGAUGCUGGAAUGUGACACCCUGAAGGUGGACUCCAGCAAGGAGUUUGUGACUUCCAACGAGAGCAACGAAGAGGGCUCUAACUGCGAGAACGGGUCUCCACAGAAGGGUCGCGGAGGCCUGGGCAAGAGGAGGAAGGCGCCCACCAAGAAGAGCCCCCUGAGCGGGGUCAGCCAGGAGGGGAAGCAGGUCCAGCGCAACGCGGCCAACGCGCGCGAGCGGGCCCGCAUGCGAGUCCUGAGCAAGGCCUUCUCCAGGCUCAAGACCACCCUGCCCUGGGUGCCCCCGGACACCAAGCUCUCCAAGCUGGACACGCUUCGGCUGGCCUCCAGCUACAUCGCGCACUUGAGGCAGAUCCUGGCCAACGACAAGUACGAGAACGGCUACAUUCACCCGGUCAACCUGACCUGGCCCUUUAUGGUGGCCGGCAAGCCCGAGAGUGACCUGAAGGAAGUGGUGACCGCGAGCCGCCUGUGUGGAACCACGGCGUCCUGACCUUGGAGCUGCCAGUCUGGGAACCGUGCGCUCCGGGGGGCAGCGGGCCGGCGAGGGUGACGACCCCUGCCCUCCCCUCCCCGUCUCUGCUGCCGCCGCCUUGCAACGCUCCUCUCCCCAUCCCGCCCUGCGAGAACACUUACCGCGACGAGGAGAUUUGUUUCCAAACCAAAAAACGACCAACUGUACUUAACGGAUCCCCGUCUAUUUAACGUGAUUAACUUCUGCCAUGACAGACUGCGAGCCUGGCUGGUCCAAGUGCAAUAUGUAAUUAUAUAUUAUAUAUAUAAAUCGAUAAUGAGAGCCUAUCAAUGUGUACCUUUUGUACAGUAUGUUGUAAAAUGUAGAUCAUAGAAUAGCUGACUUUGACAGUCACAUUUAUAAAGUAAGUCACCCAAAGAAAUAUAUUUUUUUUCAAACAGGUUUUGCUACUUCCGAAAAUAAAUCUUUCUUUAUAUUGCUAAAAA